UGGCUGUGGUCUUCAGUGCUCAGCUGCACUAAAGUCCCGCAGCUCCUCCGGGCUGCAGAUGGCAGCGCAGCUCUCGUGUGGCGCUGUGAGGAGUGAUGAAGAGAGAGGUCGACCAUGUUGAAAAGGGAAACACAACAAAAGAGACCAGUUGGUUGAGGAGAAUUUACUAAUUCAGAAAAUAAGAUUCGUUAGCAGAUAGAGAUAUCCGACAUACACCCAGGAACACAGCAUCGAUACGAGUGGAGGAGGGGGGAGACAAGGUGAAGGUCUGGCUGGAGAACUACACUAAAGAGAAGAUCCACAUGCCCACGCAUUCACUCACACUGUCACAUGCUCUAACACUGCCACCCGGACAGUGGUCUAAUUUCCUAACGUUGGACUAGACUCUACAAGUGCGCCAAGGGAAACAUAAAGCUCUACUGUGCUUUGGACUUCUGUCUCCCUAAAGUAUUGGAUUGUCCAAGGAUCUUACGAAUUUAGAACGUCAGCGGAACUGCUUUCUGUCAGAUGUACAAUUAAGCUUUAAACUAGAUAGUGCUUUUAACAGGACAGUUAAAUCUUGCACAUUUUUGGAAAGCAUAUAUACAUAUAAUCAAACUGGAAAAAAAGAAGCAAACGGUCAAACAUACAGGAGAAAAAAAAAGAGAUUUGUUAAACUUUGGCGCAAAACUUUUUGGCAAUACUCUGUCCUUAGUUUAUCUUGCCUUAGCUGUUCUAUUGCAGGAAUCAUGCUUUCUCAAACCUGCUAGUGUAUAAUUUUCUAUACACUGUGUAGGUGUACUAUAUUUAUGCAUAUAAAUGUUUAUUUCUCUUCGUUUGGAAGAGCUGUCAUAUUAAAUCUAUUCUUGUGACGUCAGUUACUCUUAUUUGAAGAGGUCACUGCACGUAUAGAUAAAUGCUUUUGUAAAUACCGAAAAUACAAGAUUAUUGCUGAUAUUUUUGUUGUUGUUGAUUGCAACAUUGAGGAUAUUGUAAAUACUUUACUAGAACUUUAAGCCCUAGAAUUGCAUUGUUUAAAAAAAGAAAAAAAAAAUUAAGAAAAAAAAAACAGAAUAAGCAAAUAAAUGGCUAGCGCAAGAAUGGAGAAUGCUGGCCCUGUUGUAAUGGGCAUCAACAAGCAGAAUGGACAGCUCAGAGGACAACCUAAACCAAUCUCACAGUCAGGACCUAUGGCUGUGAGUGGUCAGCCUGGAAAAGUUCCUGUUGGAGCUCUGAAAUCUGCUGCCAGCUUGCAAGAAGGACCUGGAAUCAGGUUUGGUGACGACUGGAAAAAGAGCCUACAGCUUCCCCCUAAAGACAAUAGAGUCAAAACUUCAGAUGUGACCGCCACCAAGGGGAACGAGUUUGAGGACUACUGCUUAAAGAGGGAGCUGUUGAUGGGGAUCUUUGAAAUGGGUUGGGAAAAACCUUCCCCCAUCCAGGAGGAGAGUAUACCCAUCGCUCUUUCUGGUCGUGACAUCCUGGCUCGUGCCAAAAACGGAACUGGAAAAAGUGGGGCUUAUUUGAUCCCUAUGCUGGAGAGGAUAGACCUGAAAAAAGAUCAUGUCCAGGCCAUGGUAAUGGUGCCAACUCGUGAGCUAGCGCUUCAGGUCAGUCAGAUCAGCAUUCAGCUAAGUAAGCAUCUUGGUGGAGUUAAGGUUAUGGCGACCACUGGCGGAACCAAUCUACGAGAUGACAUCAUGCGAUUGGAUGAGACUGUGCAUGUUAUCAUAGCCACACCAGGCAGGAUUCUGGACUUGAUCAAGAAGGGUGUAGCCAAAGUGGAUAAAGUUCAGAUGAUUGUUAUGGAUGAGGCUGAUAAGUUGCUUUCCCAGGACUUUGUUGUGCUCAUUGAGGACAUUAUAAGCUUCCUGGCCAAGAACAGGCAGAUUCUGCUCUAUUCCGCCACCUUUCCCACCAGUGUACAGAAAUUUAUGUCAAAGCACCUUCAGAAGCCCUAUGAGAUUAAUCUGAUGGAGGAGCUAACCCUAAAGGGCAUCACUCAGUACUAUGCCUAUGUCACUGAAAGGCAGAAAGUACACUGCCUCAACACACUUUUCUCUAGGCUCCAGAUUAAUCAGUCCAUUAUCUUCUGCAACUCCACUCAAAGAGUGGAACUUCUGGCCAAGAAAAUUACUCAGCUCGGCUACUCUUGCUUUUACAUACAUGCCAAGAUGAUGCAGGAGUACAGAAACCGAGUUUUCCACGACUUUAGAAAUGGACUGUGCCGAAAUCUAGUUUGCACAGAUUUGUUCACGCGAGGUAUUGACAUCCAGGCAGUGAAUGUGGUCAUCAACUUUGACUUUCCCAAGAAUGCAGAGACCUAUCUGCAUCGUAUUGGGCGCUCAGGAAGGUUUGGCCACCUGGGUCUGGCCAUUAAUCUGAUCACAGCAGAAGAUCGCUUCAACCUAAAGGCCAUUGAAGAUCAGCUGGUGACUGAUAUCAAGCCCAUCCCAGGCAGCAUUGAUAAAAGCCUCUAUGUGGCAGAGUACCACUUGGGAAACCCUAAUUCCGAAGCAGAGGCAGAGGAGCGGGAACAUCUGGCAGGAAAGCCCCAAACCUCCUAAGUCAGUACCAUGCAGAACUUGCACAUGAAUGACUCCCUAGGAGACAACCUGGCUUUGCAUCAGCUUUUGCACAACCAGUGUUGCCCAUUGAUUUAUUUAUUUUUUUCUUUCCCUUUUUCACAGAUUAAUUUCAUGCCCUGAAAUCUGACAGUUUUUUUUUUUUGCUUAUUUCAGAAAAUGUUUAAGAUUUGAAUUUCUACGUCAUGCAGACCUAUAUUAUGCUUUGCACCAGAACUUGAGAUUGACUUUAACAGAACCUAUACAUUCCAGAGUCCAUUUGAGACUUGCAAUAAAAGGACUAGUGAGAUCGGACAUGUUGAUGGUAAAAGACUUGCAAACUCCUUGGAAAUUAAAAUAUAAAAAAGGAAAGGAAACAAAGCUUUGCAUCGUGGAUGUAAAGUUUUGAUGUAUGUUUUUAUUACAUAUAAAUUAAAUAAAAGAGUAAAUAUUUAGGGUUCUCAAAUUUUCAAUAGAUGCAACUCUACUCCCCAGGAAUCCACAGUCCACACAAAUAUAAACUGUGCCACAGGCUGCCAGAUAGAGAAACUUUUUUUACUCACUAAAGUGCCUUAACAUGUCUCUACAGUUGCAAGCUCAGAGGGUUAUAGAUGUCUCUAAACUGUAAUAAAUUAUUUAUCUUUAGAAUGAUGUCCAAUACUUUGGAAGAAAAAUGUAUACCUUUGCAGUCCUGCAAAACCUUGUUCUCCAUAUUUGGUGUUUUUAAUUAUUUGAUAUAAUGUGAAUUUGGUGGCAGUUCUUUACAUCGUAUCAUAACUUCAUGAUGAAUGGACCAAUAGAAAUGCUGCAAAAUGACUUAAAUGGGAAAAAAAUACAUUGUAAAAUUGCUAUUUACAGGUUUUAGUCUUAAAGAAACUAUAUAUAGUGAUUCUAGGAUUUGUAAAGGUGUAAUUUAGAUUUGGAGUACCUCUUUGCAGGCUAUGAAAUACUUUGAUAAAAUGAGAAGACAGAGGCUGCAGACUUUUUACUUGUUUUCACUGGUGCUUAUGACAUAAAGCCUCUAUUAUUAAAAUUGCUUGCAGUCAUGCAGUGAUUGUCCAAGUAAUCCGUUUGCACUAAAUCAGAAUAAAUCUCUAAAACUUCAAACUUCCAAACACUGUUUUCAGAUGUAAAUCUCCGGCCUGUGGAUAUAUUAUAAGAAGAUAUGGCAGCUAAAAUGUAUCUUUAUACCUACUUGAGGAUUUCUGUUGUAAAGUCAAGAUUUUGGAAUUAACAUUCCUGGCUUAAGCAGGGUCAUCAGGUGAGCCGAAGUGCUCUGACAUCCUAUUGCAGAAUUAAGCUUUAAUACUGACUUUGCUAAGUUUCUCUGCAAAAGAGCCAUAUAUUCAAGAUUUAGCAUGUAAAUAGCUGUGAAGUCUGAACACUUGAGCAGACAUACAUGGACAUGAACCCAAAGCAGAGGUGUUUGCAGGUCUUUUACAUGGACAAAAGGAUGUUUGUUUGUUUUUCUUUUGUAAAUAAGUUCUGUGUGCAAAACAUUAGUUAUACAAUUGAUUUCAGGCUUUUUUUUUCUUUCAAGCUUAUACCUAUGUUUCAGAUUUCUCUUGUACUUGUCAUGCAUAUGAGUGAAUGUAUAAAAACCUAUUUGUAGCAUAAAUAAGUCAACCAAUUGAAUUUUUAGUUUUUACCCCCUCCUGACGUUUAUUGAAAUGGUUCAUGGACAUCAAGUUUAUUCAAGGUGUCUCAAAUGUAAUCAGUCAGGACCUGUUUUAAUGCCUGAUGUUUUUGGGUGUAACUGACUUUUAUUACUUGGAGAUGCAAGCUUGCACACAAUUCAGACACGAUACAGGUUUUGGCUGAUUUCACACAUUUGGUAUAUAAUGGGGGGGAAUUGAAAUUGUGCAUUGUUUUUGAGUGAACCAUUUUUUCAGGCUGCUGUUUUUUUUCCACAAAUGGGUUUUCUAAACUUCCACAUUGAAUUCGGAUUGAAUUUUUUUUUUUUUUUUUUUUUUUAAAGCAGAAUUUGUAGCAUUUACCUGUGGCAGCUGUAAUUUGUCUCCUCCCCCACCCUACUGCGAGUGAUAACUGCAAAGAAAAACUACUACUUUAUUUUUUGGAGAGUGAAUAGUGUUUUUUUUUUAUUUUUUAUAUAUAUAUACUACUUUACUUCUGUUUCAGCUUGCAUUCUUUCUGAGCUAGAGCGGGCAGUGUGUAACUCCAUGCUCUGGUGCAGAAAUAUUUGUUUGUUUGCAAAGGUUUCUAAAAUGCUUUUGGCUUUGCGCUAAAGAAGAACUGUUCUUGUCUGUAUAAACCACUUACAGAUUAAAUGCCCAUUAGCAUUUACUAUAAGUAUAUUUCUUCCCUUCAAGCCUUGAAACUGCUUUUCACAUGGGAUUGCUUGACGAAGACAAAAAGUGAUGUCCAGUAUAUUAUGAUAAUAUUGGUGAGACCUUAACAUGACAUGAUUAAGGACUUCUCUUUAUUCUGGCCAAAACUAUUCACACCCAUAAACUUCUUUGAUGUAUUUAAUAAAUAAAUAAAAAAUGUCAGUGUGCUCACAGCAGACAAUAGGGCACAAAUGUACACCUGAUAAGCUUAUCUACAUCAUCAGCCUUGGUGAUGUACCUUCUGCAAUCAGUAUCCUAUGGUUUGAAGGGCAGGAUUAUUCUAAAGUUUUUUAGUUUUUUUUUUUUUCUUCCUCCAAGCACAGAAACAAUAUGGUUACUAUGAGCAGUGAGCAUCCUGUUUCUCUAGUGGUUAGCAGGGUUUUAUCUUUCUUUCUUUCUGGGUGACCUCCUUCUUGCAGCGUGUGAUCAGUUUCUGUAUGAAUGUAAACCUGGUGUACAGUUUACAGUCAAAAAGUGGGUAAACACAUGGGUAAAAGGUCUUGAAGGUUUUUUUUCGGCUUCAGGUGGGUGGUGAUACUGACUUUCAGGACUUAAGCAUUACCAAAAAGUGUGUGUACUUGUGUGUGCGUAAGAAUGUGUAAGUAAUUGAUUGGGAUGAAGAACAAGCGUGUGUGUCUGUCUGUGUGUGUGUCUGCGCGUGUUGGUUUGUGUGAAUGUUUAUUAAAAAUGCUGCAUUCGUUAUCCUGUUUGUUAAUGCGUUUGCAGAUACGGGUGAGCGAGCAUUUACUACGCACACAUGCUUCUGUGUUUUUGAAUGAAGACUUUUACUUUAGCAUCAGUGAGUAGAGCUGGGGCUUGUCUCAAAAAUUUGAGCCAGUAUCUUUGCAGGAACGUGUUUAAUUCAAUGUCAAAUAAUUGUUUUUAUGGAUGCCCUGAUCAAGAAAUCUGAAAUGCAGAUAUGCCCCAUUUUGGAAGGUGUAUAAAGCUGGUGUUGCUUAAAACAAAUAAAUUUAUGCAGCAAAUGCAGUAAAAUUAAAUCAGAUAUGAAUUUGGCACACAGCUCAUUGUCUCCCAAACAUUUCCAGAGUUGGUUCAUUUUUCUCAGUUAUCUGCAGGUACUGAUUCUAACAUUAUAAUGCCUCUGUAAUUGUAAUACCCUCACUGAUGUUUUAGAAGUAAUGGUUGAUGAGGUAGUUCUUAGUUUUGUUCCACUGUGUGAGCACAGUGAAUGUGUCAAGCCUCGGGUUCACUAAUGCAAAACAUUACUGUUCAUUAGUGAAGGUCAUGAAUUUAUGCCCGAAGAACCUGUUUUGCAUUUGUAGACCAACACAGACAUUCUGUUCCUCACAGUCUGAUUCACUUGUAUGUAUGGUUUAAUUGUUUUAUGUUUGUUUGUUUUUUUUUUUUUGGGGGGGGGGGGGGGGGGGGUGGAUAUGGUAGGGAGUGGGUGUUCAUUGGGGAAGGGGAAAGGUCUUGAUAAGGGCAUUUUUUUCUCUCUCAUUGUAAUGCAGGUGAAUUAGAAAAAUAUCAAUGUCUGCAGCUGUGGUGGAACAAAAGGAAAAAAGUCUCAGCAUUACAUUGUUUUCUCUGUUUUUGUAGUAUACUGAAUUGUACACAUCUCUGUGACUGUCUUUUUCCCCUCUUCUCUCCCUUCUUUCCUCCUUUCUCCCUUUUUCUUACUUUGAAACUGCCUCAGAAAAGAGAGAGCUUUGUUCAUUUGUAACCUUAACUGGAAAUUUGUUUUUUUGUGCUCUUUGAAAUAUUCAAGACCGGAGUUAAUUUGUCAGAGUUACUUCUCAGAGCAUGAAUUUCCUCAAGAUCUGUUCCUAAAAAUAUUAUCUUAAAAAUGUGUCUGACCUAGAUCAUUGCCGUAGCAAAAAAUUAAGUGGAUAAUUUAAAAAGGGAAGCAGUGAUGAUCUGUAUUAAUAUUUCUAUAUUUAAAGAAAAGUCAUAUGCCAGCAUUUUUGUCACUUGAAAUUAAGUUAUCUAAUUAGUGGAAACAGUUAAUGCAGAUUAAUGCUAAUUGCUGUCCUUAAUAUCCACAGAUUUUUAAACAGUGAGUGGAACAAAACCUGCACAUGGGCUCACGUGUUUGCCUGAGUGGUCAGAUCAAACAAGCAUUUUGUUGCCCACCAAGUAUCAAAGCAGCUUUCCUGUGAACGUGUUGCUCUCCUCCCCUCUCUUGGCAGUUUGUUAAAGUGAAACCAGCACAGGGAGUUGUUUAACUGAAAUAAAAACCAAUACCUGCAUCUCA